ACAUGAAGGCCAAGGGAGAGUGAAGGAUUGACCAUUCACUCAAAUGAAGAAUUCCAUUCCAUCAGACUCAGAUUCCGAUUCCACCAACCAAAUAAAUGGACCCCGUAGGUUGGAAUGGUCCUCCGUCCCUCUCGGGACUCGGGCCACCGGAGCCGGGAGGGGCAUGUCAUGAACCAUGCCCAACAGCGUAGGAUUUCCAGCAACGGUAUCAACAGAUGUAGUCAUGCAGAUUAUCCAACGGUCAAAUGAGCGGCGGUAUAUACAGUUACAGGCUUACAGCUUUGCACCAGCUGCCCACCGAAAGAAAAACUAAACGUCGUAUGACCGGAAUAUCAUGGCGUCCAUAACAUCAGACGGACGUCAAACCUGGGAAGAGGGAGACUCAGACAUUUUCAAUUUUAAACAAGGUUGACUGGAUGCAACCAACCAUUGAUUUUUCUUUUGAAAUUUACGUGAUGGGUACUUGCUUAUCUAAUUCUUCAAAUAAAACCUACUGCGCGUGGCGUGGCUUCUUUCUCUAGCUCUUGUUUUUCCUCAACCCUCCACGGGGAUAGGGUGAGAUCUGUCUGGAAAUUCAGGAGUUAAACCUUGUUGGUUUAUCAUCCAUGGAGAGAAUUGGAGAUGGAUCUUCCGCAGAUAUAUCUCACCCUAGUACUACAGAGUUUGGUGGAGAAGUCCCAAGCGUAAGUUCGAAUUUAUUCUUGGAUCAUGUUGGCGAGGUCGUUCUUAAUCUCAAUUCAGACGGGUUGUCGUGGAAACCGGUGGGAACCACACAUAAUGAUAUGUCUGAAUGUACUUGCCUGGGGAUAAAGCUUACCUCAAAAGUUGAAACUAAAAUCAAAUUUAGUAAUAUUUAUGCUGUUGAACUCAUCAAUGGGGGUCUCGUUCACAAAGCAGUUCUUCCAAAUUCUGGAGGUUGUCUUUUGGGUCGUGGCUCUAAGAUGUAUCGGUUUGUAGUGCAUGGGGUCCAAAGGUCAAAGACCAAUUGUUCUCUUUGGGUUCUGGCUACAUGCACUUUUGGCCACACAGAUUUGCAAACAUGCCAGGUGUGGAUAAAUCGAAUAAAUGAUUCUAUAAACAAGGAAGUAGGGAGACCCAAGAACCUUUUGAUUUUUGUUAACCCUUUGAGUGGGAAAGGGAAAGGUCGUAGGACUUGGGAAACUGUGGCUCCUAUAUUUUCUCGUGCUAAAGUGAAAACAAAGGUAACAGUGACAGAUAGGGCAGGGCAUGCAUUUGAUGUCAUGGCAUCUAUUACAGAUGAGGAACUUAAUUCUUAUAAUGGUGUUGUUGUUGUAGGUGGUGAUGGCUUCUUUAAUGAAAUUCUGAAUGGACUACUCUCUUCAAGGCAUAAGGCUCCUUAUCCACCAGCCCCUACAGAUUUUGUGCAUUUAGCUGAGAAUAAUAAUAAUGUUUAUGAUGCAAAUGAUACUAUCCCUGAGACGCCUCUCCAAAAUGAACGAGAUCCUCUUCUUGAAAGUUCGGGACCUAGUAGACCGGGCUUUUCAACUUGCAGAACUGAAGGUAGGUCCUGCAAUACAGCUUGUGCAGAUCAAGAUUCCAUAUUUCCCUUUCCAAAUGAAAAUUUUAGCUUGGGAAUUAUUCCUGCAGGUUCAACUGAUGCUAUUGUAAUUUGUACAACUGGUGCUAGGGAUCCUGUGACAUCUGCUCUGGAUAUUGUCCUUGGUAAAAGGGUAUGCCUUGAUAUAGCUCAAGUUGUUAUAUGGAGGAAGACAAGUUCAUCAAGGGGUGCACCCUCUGUACGUUAUGCUGCUUCUUUUGCUGGAUAUGGAUUUUUUGGGGAUGUCAUCAAGGAGAGUGAAAAUUACCGCUGGAUGGGUCCUAUACGCUAUGAUUUUGCAGGAACAAAGGUAUUUUUGGAGCACAGGUCAUAUGAAGCAGAGAUAAAAUUUCUAGAAGCUAAAACGGAAAAUGAAAAUCAAAUCCAUGAGAAAGAUAUUCAGCGUAGUUGGACACGAUCACUGUGGAAUCCACCAAAAAAAUCUAGAAGACUAGCUUGCUGUGUUAACUGCAGUGUCUGUAGUGGGUCCAUUAAGUCAAUUUGUACACCUUCAGAAGGUCCAAUAAAGACUGACGACACAUCUGAAGCACUAAGGUGGUUGCAAUCCAAGGGGCGUUUUCUUAGUGUAGGUGCAGCGGUCAUCUCUUGUCGUAAUGAAAGAGCUCCUGAUGGUUUAGUGGCUGAUGCACACCUUGCAGAUGGUUUCCUGCAUCUGGUACUAAUAAAAGAGUGUCCUCGUGCUCUCUAUCUAUGGCAUCUUACACAGGUUGCCAGGAAGGGUGGUGAGCCCUUAAAUUUCAAGUUUGUAGAACACCAUAAAACCAAAGCUUUCAUGUUUACUUCUAUUGGUGAUACAAGUGUCUGGAACUUGGAUGGCGAACUCUUUGAAGCACACCAACUCUCAGCACAAGUAUUCCAAGGUCUUAUUAGUUUAUUUGCAGUUGGUCCCGGAGUUUAAGGAUACAGGAUACCUCUAACAGGAUAACUUGAACACCCUUAGAAAGAAAGAACAUCUGAAGUUGCAACCUCUCAGAAGCUUUGCAUGCAUUACUGUUAACCAAGCAGCUUGCUACUCUGCAACUUGAAACCAAUUUAACCAUAAAGUGAGGAUGGGAAAUUGAAUUUUGUAUUAAAAUGUAUAUUAAAAGAGCACAUAAAUACAUUCUAUACAAACCAAGAGUCCAAAGCUGUCUGCCUGACUCAACGUAUGCAGUUUCUAGAUGGGAGAAGAGGGCUCGGUUGAAAUGUAUCUUUGAUUAAAUCAAUAUAAGCUGGGCAAGAUAAAUUGCACAGAACACCAACCUCAUGGUCAGAGUUUCUGAUGUUUUUGCCACCGUUUCACCCAGUUGAGAAUUUGAUCAAUCCUUGUAAUUUCACAAGUUCCCCAAUCAAUAAAAUGAGUCACUUAUCCACUUAACUGCAGAAGUUCCAUCCUACUCGACUGCAGUCUAAGGGAAUUAUUGUACAUCAAAUUACUUGUGCUGAUUACUUAAUUACUUAUGAUGAA